AUGAACUUCAAAGUGCCCGAGUUAUCGGAGGACGAAGCAGUGGCCGCCAUCUACAUGCAAUUGGAGGCAAAAAUAGUAGAUGUUGGUGAGGUUUUUGUAGCGGGGAACUGGCUCCCGAACUGCAAGUUGUUCAAGAAUGAGCACUUCCUGGCUGCGUUCGGACUGAGUCCGGCCUUCCCUAAGGAAGCUUCUUUGUCCUUUUUGAAGGAAACAGACCAGGAAAUGGCCGAACGACUAACUUCCGCUGCUCUCAAGGCCGCUCGGAUCAGGGCCGAGAUGAAGGCGAAUAAGAUCAACAAGCCCUCCAAGCCGAAGGAUCCCUCCAACCCCAAACCGAGGAAACGCAAGGAGAGGGCCGAGGAGAGGGUCGAGCUGACGGAGAAGGCUCUGGCCAAAGCCCGAGCUGAGAAGGAGGCCUCAGCGAAAAAGGCUCGGAAGGAGCCUUCGGUUGAGGUGAAAAGUCCCCGACCUGACUCUGGAGGGGAGGGCACUCACAUUUCGGUCCAUCACUCGGACUUUGAGCCUGUCCAGAGUCCGGGGCAUGUUCAGGGGGCCUCCAACCCUUCAUUGGCCGAGCGUUCUUUGUCCGAGGCGCCCGUCCCCUUCACUUAG